GGUCAUUUUUGUCGCAAUUUUCGAGUGUUAUCAUAUAUAAAGCAGAGUUGGAAACCAAAACGGUUGAUGAGGCCAUUUAUUUGUUUCCACGAUGAUGGAAGUAGAAAAUCCAGUAGGAAGUGUGGACAAUGAACAGUACCGUCAAAUGAAUGGUGACGAGAAGUCAGAAUAUCUGGAUGAUGACGGUAAAGUUAGUAAUGGUGAAAGGAAACUGGCAUAUGAUGACAAUCGAAGUAACAAAGAGGAAGAUGAUACCGUCGAAACCAGGUCAGAAAAAUCGGAUGAUUCUGCUAGAAAAGAAGGCGCUUCUGGUGGAGAGACUCACCCAAAAAAAGAACGUAUAUCGCGAUCAAAAUCGCAUUCCACUUCAUCAAGACGUCGUCGGCGCCGUCGUCGACAUUCUUCAAGGUCAAGCACACGCACAGCUACCACGAAGUCGCGCUCGCGAAGCCGAUCGAGAUCUCGGACCAAGUCACAUACACGUUCUCGAUCGCCACGACGAGCUAGCUCACGUUCGCGUUCACGCUCGCGUCGUAAUCGCAGUCGUAGCCCGAUGCGUCGUCGCAAAGCAUCACGUAGUCGCAGUCCAAGGCGUCGUCCUACGCGUAGUUCAUCAUCUUCAAGUCGAGACACUUACGGUUCCUUCAAAGCUAUGAGCCCAGCACGCCCGGUUUACGAAUACCCUUGCCGCAAAUGUGACCGUGACUUCGAAACCAUUCGAGAGCUCUGUGAGCAUGAAAUCCGUGCUCAUGGUGCUUGCUUUCCGUGUCCUCACUGCGAGAAGCAAGCAUCGAGCGUGCAAAAACUUUGCGAACACAUGAAACGACGUCAUUCUGACUAUCGUUUGCUGUGUGAUUUUUGCAAAGACGAUUUUGGUGGGAAAAUAAGUGGCGCAAAAGAUUCGAAUUGGGAAGAAUUCCGGGAUCACAUCUAUAAAGAGUGUCUGAAAGAGAAGAUCUAUCUCGCUGAUCGUCAACGAGGUCGUUCAGCUGGAGUUGCCCAACGCGGCCGAGGUCGAUGUCCGCAUGGCCCCCCCGUAAAAUGCAAGAAUUUCCCGAACUGUCCAGGCGAGAAAUGCUACUAUUUUCAUGGUUACUGUCGUUAUGACAAGUUAUGUGUCAAAAAGGAAUGUCCAUUUGACCACACGGACCGUCCGCGUAUUUGCCUGUCCUGCCUUAGAGACUACAAGCAAAUUACAUUUCUUGUUUUAGAGACGCUUUUAACGGAUGCAGUUCAGUCAGAUUUGUUAUCAUCUCAGAAGUUACCAUGUUGA